CGCUGGAGGGUGCAGAGAGACUGGCGCUUGAGAAAAGUGGGCAGCAGCAACAGCAGGCGCUUUCCUCCCCAAGGCAGUUCCUGGAGAUGGAGAAUGGGAAAGGGGAUCUGGAACCACUGGCAGCCCGGCUGAGCAAGUCCGGUUCCCAUCCUCAUCAUCCCAGACCGACCCAGCCUAUCGCUCCGAUGGAGAACAUCAAAGAAUUUCAGCAAAAGUUGAAAGAGGAGAAAGAGGCCAAGCGUGCUCACCUGGAUGGUAGACAUGAUUACAUAUUGACGAUCGUUGCUUCCUGUGUGGACCUAGAGAAAGCUGAAGUAGAAGAUGCUAUCCUUGAAGGAGAUCAGAUUGAGCGUAUUGAUCAGUUCUUUGCUGCUGGAGGCUUUCGUCAUGUCAUGUUCUACUAUCAAGAUGUGGAGGCAUCUGAAACAGGACUUGGAGGCUCAGCAGGUGCUAACCCUCAUGCCACUAAGAGCAAAAGGGCCAAAUUAUUUGUGACCGAAGGAAGUGAUGUUGCUUUAACUGGCAUGUGCGUUUUCUUCAUUCGAACUAAUGCUUCCAAAGCAAUCACUGCGGAGAAUAUCCAUCGUGAAGUGGCCUUCAAUAUGAUGGAUACAGCUCAUGGUGGUUUACUGAACAGUGUCCAGCACUUGCUGUCAGAUAUCUUCGUCCCAGCCCUGAAGACUAUGAACUAUGGUUGGGGAGAAUUCAGUGGCCCCCAGAAAGGGGCUAACAUUAAGCAGGACUUCCUUGCUUCUCUGGAGGGAUUUGUUAGUGUCCUUUCAGGAGCUCAACAGAGCCUAAUGGAAAAGGUGAAUCUGAAGAAGUGUGAGACCUAUGAUUUGAAAACCCUAAAAGGACCUGCGGACUUCAUGGUUGCAGCAAACAGCAUGGACACUCUGGAUCGAAUUGAGGCCUGCAUGAAAGUGUGGAUUAAACAAAUUGAACAGGUCAUUGCUGAAAACAGCCAACUACGGAAGGAAGCAGAUGACCUUGGGCCACGAGCAGAGCUGGAUCACUGGAAGAAGCGACUGUCCAAGUUCAAUUACUUGUUGGACCAGCUCAAGACCUCAGAUGUAAAAGCUGUGCUUGGAGUCCUUACAGCUGCUAAAUCCAAGCUUCUUAAGAGUUGGCGAGAACUGGACACUCGGAUCACUGAUGCAGCCAACGAAGCCAAAGACAAUGUGAAGUAUCUGUACACCCUUGAGAAAUGCUGUGAUCCUCUAUACCACAGUGACCCUGUGACCAUGGUAGAUGCUAUUCCAGGACUCAUACAUGCUAUCAAAAUGAUCCACAGUAUCUCACGUUAUUACAACACCUCAGAGAAGAUAACUUCCCUAUUUGUGAAGGUUACAAAUCAAAUGAUAACUGCCUGCAAGGCUUAUAUUACCAAUAACAAUACUGCCACCAUCUGGGAUCAACCACAAGAUGUAGUUUUGGAAAAAAUACAAGCUGCGAUAAGGCUGAAGCAGGAAUACCAAAACUGUUUUCACAAGACCAAACAAAAACUAGAACAGAGUCCGGCUGAACGACAGUUUGAUUUUAGCGAAAUGUAUAUCUUCGGAAAAUUUGAAACCUUUCAGCGCCGACUACUAAAAAUUAUACACAUCUUUGAUACCAUCACAACCUAUUCAGUUUUACAAGACUCCAAGAUGGAAGGACUAGAAGUGAUGGCAACGAAAUAUCAGAGCAUUGUUGCUACCAUGAAGAAAAAGCAAUACAACUUCUUAGAUCAGAGGAAAACCGAUUUUGACCAAGACUACGAAGAGUUCUGCAAGCAAACAAACGAUAUUCAUCAACAACUACAGACGUUUAUGGACAUUACUUUUGAAAAGAUUACGAAUACUGAAAGAGCCCUUGAUGUGCUGAAGAAAUUCGAAAGGCUAGGAAUCCCUAACCUUGGCAUUGAUGAUAAAUACCAGAUAAUCCUUCAAAAUUAUGGCCAUGACAUUGAGAUGGUCUCCAAGCUGUAUACAAAACAAAAGAACGAUCCCCCACUGGCUCGUAACCUACCUCCCAUGGCUGGUAAGAUCAUGUGGGCACGGCAGCUAUUCCACAGAAUCCAGGAACCCAUGAGUCUUUUCCAAAAGCAUUCCACAGUUCUACAGACAGCUGAGGCGAAGCCCAUAAUCCGCAACUAUAAUCGGGUCGCUAAAGUCCUUUUGGAAUUUGAGGUUGUCUACCAUAGGGGAUGGCUUCAACAGGUUCAACUAACUAAGGCAGGACUUCAGGCAUCAUUAUUGGUGAAAGCUCCAGAGACUGGAGAAAUAUUUGUGAAUUUUGACCCAGAGAUCCCCACCUUAAUAAGGGAAACGGAGUGCAUGUCGCGCAUGGGACUAGAAAUCCCGCCUCUCGCCAUUGCUCUUCAACAAAAAGGCAACUCCUACAAACAGAACUUCAAUAAGCUGCAGAUGAUGCUGGCAGAAUACAAGCGGGUAAAAUCCAAAAUCCAAGCUCCCCUUCACAUGCUAAUGGCCCCCCAUGUGGCUAAGGUGGAUGAUGCUAUCCAGCCUGGUAUGACUACGCUGACCUGGACAUCCCUGAACAUUGAGAACUACUUACAGCAUAUUUUGGAUAAACUUGCUGACCUUGAGCUGCUGCUUGAUCGAGUAAAUGACUUGAUAGAAUUUCGUAUUAAUGCCGUUCUUCAAGAAAUGAGCAGCGUGCCUCUCUGCAACCUCCCCAAAGAGGAUCCGCUGACCUGUGAGCAAUUCCUUCACAUGACAAAGGAGCUCUGUACUAAGGGAGCCUACAUGUUGCACCUGAAAAGCUCAUUGGUGGAGGAAGCAACGAAUGAGCUUAUCAACAUGUUGCUGGACGUGGAUGUACAAUACAAAGGAGAUACUGAGGAGAAGCUUCUGAGUGGAAGUAGAAGUGAGGGAAUUAAUGAAGCAGAAGAGGAAGGGCCGUUGGACACCUUGGCAUCCUCGCACACCGCCAGCCAGAUUUCAGCAGGACUGUCUUCCCCUUUAACUAAGAAGAAGAAGAAGGAGAUGGAAAUGCUAGAGGAAGAAGCCCAAGAACUGCUGUCCCAUUUCAGCCACCGCAAUGUGGAUGCUCUUCUGAAGGUCAUUCGCAACACCUUGGAGGCCUUGCGCAAGCGCAUCCAGGCCUCUUCGAUGAUCAGCUUCUUAGAUAGUGAGAAUACCUCCAGACAGAAACAGAGUGCUCAGCCCAUCUUUAAGGCAAGUGUUAUCCUUUCUAUUCCACAUUUUGCUAUGAUGCCAACCCUUGAGGAAGUACAACAAGCACUCACCAAAGCUGUGGACAUUAUUGUAAGCGUCAUGAAAGGAGUUGGCCAGUGGAAUAAGGAGAGACUGUCAAAGAAAAAGAUGCUAGAAAGAAAAGUGGCUGCUUUACCAAAUGAUGGAGACAGCGAUUCUGAGAACGAAAUGAGAGCAAAUGAAGUUGGAAACAUCCGUGAUACUGCUUCAGAAACAGGCUCCCUGAUCUUGCCUUCUGCUAUCCAAAGCAAGAACUACUACAAAACCAUUUCGGAGAAUAAGGAAAUAAUUAAACUGAUGUCUGUUCUUAGUACUUCUAUCAAUUCCACCAAAAGGGAAAUCCUUGCAUCCUUGGAGCGUUUCAAAUGUUACCAUCAUAUCUGGCAAAGGGAGAAAGAAGAAACCAUUGAAGGCUUCCUCAAAGAAAGCCCUUUGCUGUCUGAAUUUGAAACCCAAAUCCUUUAUUACAGAGACUUAGAAGUUGAAAUUAACUCGGAGCCUGAAUUCAUAUGUGUGGGAACUGUUGCGCUAUAUACUGCGGACCUGAAGUUGGCCCUCACAACAGAAACCAAGGCUUGGAUGAUUGCAUUUGGACGUUACUGCAACAGGAAUUACAGGACAGAGAUGGAAAACAUCUUUACUUUUGUAGAGGAAAUCAGCAAAAAACUGAACCGUCAAAUUAAAGACUUGGAUGAUAUACGGAUAGCCAUGGCUGCGCUGAAAGAGAUCCGAGAGCAACAGAUCCCCAUAGAUUUCCAAGUGGGACCAAUUGAGGAGUCCUAUGCAAUGUUAAACAAGUAUGAGUUACUGGUGGCAAAGGAAGAGAUGGAAAAGGUAGACACACUACGUUACACCUGGGAGAAACUGCUGGUCCGAGCAAAUGAAGUGCAGAAUGAAUUGGUAGCAUUACAGCCCAAGUUCAGAGGAGAGCUAAUAAGCACGGUGGAGACAUUUGUUGAAGACUGUGAUCAGUACUAUUCGGAUUACGACAAGAAUGGUCCCAUGGUGGAUGGCCUUGAGCCUCAAGAAGCUAGUGACAGACUUAUCAUGUUUCAGAAUCGAUUUGACAACCUUUAUCGGAAGUACGUCACCUACACUGGGGGUGAAGAGCUUUUUGGUCUGUCUGUUACUCAGUACCCUCAACUCCUCGAGAUCAAGAAGCAGCUGAACUUGUUACAGAAGCUUUACAGCCUGUACAACAACGUCAUUGACACUGUAAAUGGAUACUAUGAUAUCCUCUGGUCAGAAGUGAACAUUGAGAAGAUUAAUAAUGAACUCCUUGAGUUUCAGAACAGGUGCCGUAAACUGCCCCGAGCUUUGAAGGAGUGGCAAGCAUUUCUGGAUCUGAAGAAAACAAUUGACGACUUCAAUGAAUGUUGCCCUUUGCUUGAGUUGAUGUCCAAUAGAGCCAUGAUGGCACGUCACUGGAAGCGCAUCACGGAUCUCACUGACCACAAUUUUGAUGUUGAAAGUGAGACUUUCAAACUGAGGAACAUCAUGGAGGCACCUUUGUUGAAAUAUAAAGAAGAGAUAGAGGAUAUCUGCAUCAGCGCCGUGAAGGAGAGGGACAUUGAGCAGAAGCUGAAACAAGUGAUUGCCGAGUGGGACAACAAAACAUUCACUUUUGCUAACUUUAAAACCCGCGGGGAGCUGCUCUUGAGGGGAGACAGCACUUCUGAAACGAUCGCAAGCAUGGAAGACAGCUUGAUGGUUCUCGGCUCCCUAAUGAGCAAUAGGUACAACUCCCCAUUCAAGGCUCAAAUACAGAAGUGGGUACAGUAUCUGUCGAACACAACUGACAUCAUUGAGAACUGGAUGACGGUGCAGAAUUUGUGGAUAUAUUUAGAAGCUGUCUUCGUGGGUGGAGACAUUGCUAAACAGCUUCCAAAGGAAGCCAAACGUUUCUCGAACAUCGACAAAUCGUGGGUGAAGAUCAUGACCCGAGCCCAUGAGAUACCAAAUGUGGUCCAGUGCUGUGUUGGGGAUGAAACCAUGGGACAGCUGCUGCCCCAUUUGUUGGAUCAAUUGGAAAUUUGUCAAAAGUCUCUUACAGGGUAUUUGGAGAAAAAGCGGCUUUCAUUUCCCCGUUUCUUCUUUGUGUCUGACCCUGCUCUCCUGGAGAUCCUGGGCCAAGCUUCGGAUUCUCACACAAUACAGGCUCACUUGUUAAAUGUCUUUGAUAACAUCAAAACUGUAAAAUUCCAUGAAAAGGUCUAUGAUCGGAUCCUUUGCAUUUCCUCUCGAGAGGGUGAGACAAUUGAACUGGAAAAGCCUGUAAUGGCAGAAGGUAAUGUAGAGGUUUGGCUUAAUUCCCUCUUGAAGGAGUCCCAGGCCUCGCUGCAUCUUGUGAUUCGACAGGCGGCUGCAAGUAUUCAGGAAGCGGACUUCCAGCUAAUUGAAUUUCUUUCUUCUUUCCCCGCCCAGGUUGGCUUGCUGGGAAUUCAGAUGAUCUGGACACGAGAUGCUGAGGAAGCUUUGACAAAUGCAAAGUAUGACAAGAAAAUAAUGCAGAAAACCAAUCAGUUUUUCUUGGACCUUCUGAACACUCUGAUCGACAUGACGACGAAGGAUCUGAGUCCCAUGGAGCGCAUUAAAUAUGAGACACUAAUCACAAUUCAUGUGCACCAAAGGGACAUAUUUGAUGACCUGUGUCGUAUGCACAUCAAGAGUCCUACAGAUUUUGAGUGGCUGAAGCAAUGUCGAUUUUAUUUCAAUGAGGACGCAGACAAGAUGAUGAUUAACAUCACCGACGUGGCCUUCACGUAUCAGAACGAAUUCUUAGGAUGUACAGAUAGGCUUGUCAUCACACCUCUCACAGACAGGUGUUACAUUACUUUAGCUCAAGCCUUAGGUAUGAGCAUGGGAGGAGCACCGGCGGGACCAGCAGGAACUGGCAAAACCGAAACCACGAAAGACAUGGGAAGGUGCCUCGGAAAAUAUGUUGUGGUCUUCAAUUGUUCUGACCAGAUGGAUUUUCGAGGACUGGGGAGAAUAUUUAAAGGUCUUGCUCAGUCUGGGUCCUGGGGCUGCUUUGACGAGUUUAACCGCAUUGAUCUGCCAGUGUUAUCCGUUGCUGCACAGCAAAUUGCAAUAGUUCUGACAUGUAAGAAGGAGCGCAAGAAGAAUUUCAUCUUUACGGAUGGCGAUAAUGUAGAAAUGAAUCCUGAAUUUGGACUUUUUUUGACAAUGAACCCUGGGUAUGCUGGCCGUCAAGAGCUUCCUGAAAACCUGAAGAUCAACUUCCGCUCAGUGGCAAUGAUGGUUCCUGAUCGGCAGAUCAUUAUCCGUGUCAAACUGGCCAGCUGUGGCUUCAUUGAUAACAUUGUGCUUGCAAGGAAGUUCUUUACCCUGUACAAACUCUGCGAAGAGCAGUUAUCGAAGCAGGUACAUUAUGACUUUGGGCUAAGGAAUAUAUUGUCAGUAUUGCGGACCUUGGGAGCAGCCAAAAGAUCAAAUCCUGAUGACACGGAAUCCACGAUCGUAAUGCGUGUUUUGAGAGACAUGAAUCUUUCUAAGCUGAUUGAUGAAGAUGAACCUUUAUUUUUGAGUCUGAUUGAAGAUCUUUUCCCAAGUAUUCAGCUUGACAAGGCAGGCUAUCCAGAACUUGAAGCUGCCAUCAGCAAACAGGUAGAAGAUGCUGGCUUAAUUAAUCACCCCCCAUGGAGACUGAAAGUGAUCCAGCUGUUUGAAACGCAAAGAGUGAGGCAUGGCAUGAUGGCUCUGGGGCCUAGUGGAGCAGGAAAAACCACAUGCAUCCACACUCUGAUGAAGUCUAUGACAGAUUGUGGGCAGCCCCACCGUGAAAUGAGGAUGAAUCCUAAGGCCAUCACUGCACCUCAGAUGUUUGGACGGCUUGAUGUUGCAACCAAUGACUGGACAGAUGGGAUUUUCUCCACACUUUGGAGGAAAACGUUGAGAGCUAAGAAAGGAGAGCACAUUUGGAUAGUUCUUGAUGGUCCUGUUGAUGCUAUUUGGAUUGAGAACCUGAAUUCGGUGCUUGACGAUAACAAAACAUUGACGCUAGCUAAUGGAGAUCGAAUCCCCAUGGCCCCAAACUGUAAGAUAGUCUUUGAGCCUCAUAAUAUUGACAACGCUUCUCCUGCCACGGUGUCAAGGAAUGGCAUGGUAUUCAUGAGCUCAUCAGUUCUCAACUGGAGUCCUAUUCUUGAGGGCUUCCUGAAGAAGCGUUCUCCACAGGAAGCUGAGGUUUUGCGUCAGCUGUACACGGCAUCUUUCCCAGACCUGUACCGGUUUAGCAUUCAGUCCUUGGAAUACAAGAUAGAGAUGCUUGAGGCCUUUGUGAUAAUGCAAAGCAUUAAUAUGCUGCAAGGUCUUAUCCCUUGUAAGGAGCAGGGAGGAGAAAUAACAGCAGAGUUCUUGGAAAGAUUGUACAUCUUCUCCCUGAUGUGGAGCAUUGGGGCAUUGCUGGAACUGGAAGACCGUCGCAAGCUGGAGCAAUGGCUUCGUGGUCAUGAAACUAUAAAACUUGAUCUUCCCAAUAUCCCAGAAGGAAGUGAAGACACUAUGUUUGACUACUACGUUACCAAUGAUGGCAAAUGGAUGCACUGGAAUACUUGCGUUGACGAAUACGUGUAUCCACCUAACAGCACUCCAGAGUAUGGCUCUAUCUUGGUUCCAAACGUUGACAACGUGAGAACUGACUUCCUUAUCCAAACUAUUGCCAAGCAAGGAAAGGCAGUACUGCUAAUUGGUGAACAAGGGACUGCUAAGACUGUCAUCAUCAAAGGAUACAUGUCAAAAUAUAAUCCUGAAAGCCACAUGGCCAAGAGUCUGAACUUCUCAUCGGCAACAACUCCUUUCAUGUUUCAGCGCACAAUAGAAAGUUACGUGGACAAACGAAUGGGCACAACUUACGGACCCCCUGCCGGAAAGAAAAUGACAGUGUUCAUUGAUGAUGUGAAUAUGCCUGUAAUCAAUGAAUGGGGAGACCAGGUCACCAAUGAGAUAGUUAGGCAGCUGAUGGAGCAAAGUGGGUUUUAUAACCUGGAAAAGCCCGGAGAGUUUACCAACAUUGUGGAUAUCCAGUUCUUGGCUGCCAUGAUCCAUCCUGGUGGCGGACGCAAUGACAUCCCUCAGAGGCUGAAGAGGCAAUUCUCUGUAUUUAAUUGCACUCUGCCUUCUAAUUCAUCCAUUGACAAGAUUUUUGGUGUGAUUGGCAUAGGACAUUAUUGUAGCCAGAGGGGCUUCGUGGAAGAGGUGAGAGCAGCAGUUGCUAAGCUGGUGCCCCUGACACGCCGACUGUGGCAAAUGACCAAGAUCAAGAUGCUGCCGACCCCCGCCAAAUUCCAUUAUGUGUUCAAUCUUCGAGACCUUUCCAGGAUUUGGCAAGGGAUGCUGAACACCAUCUCAGAAGUAAUCAACGAGUCUAAUGUGCUCAUAAAACUAUGGAAGCAUGAAUGUAAGCGGGUUAUUGCUGACCGUUUCACAACUCCUGAGGAUGUGGAUUGGUUUGAUCUGGCACUGGCAAAACUUGUAGAAGGGGAAUUUGGUAGUGAUAAAAAGGCUCUGGUAGAUUCCAACAUUGAUGCCUACUUUGUUGACUUCUUAAGAGAUGCACCUGAAGCAACAGGUGUGGAGAAAGAAAAGUCUCUGAAAGGCGAGGAGCCAGAUGAAGCAGAAGUUGACAUGCCGAAAGUGUAUGAGCCCACGGAAUCUUUUGAUCACCUGAAGGACCGCUUGAACAUGUUUUUACAACUAUACAAUGAGAGCAUCCGCGGGGCAGGCAUGGAUUUGGUGUUUUUUGAAGAUGCUAUGAUUCAUUUAGUUAAGAUCUCACGUGUGAUCCGCACUGCUCGUGGAAAUGCGCUGCUUGUUGGAGUCGGUGGGUCUGGAAAGCAGAGUUUGACUAAAUUGGCAUCAUUCAUUGCUGGCUAUGAUAUGUUCCAGAUCACAUUAACAAGGUCUUACAACACCUCCAACCUGAUGGAAGACCUGAAACAUCUAUAUAGGACUGCCGGACAACAAGGAAAAGGGAUCAGCUUCAUUUUUACAGACAAUGAGAUAAAAGAUGAGGCUUUCUUAGAGUACAUGAACAAUGUCCUGUCAUCAGGCGAGGUUUCCAAUCUGUUUGCCCGUGAUGAAAUGGAUGAAAUCACUGGUGAUCUCAUAUCAGUUAUGAAGAAGGAGCAUCCGCGUCGGCCUCCGACCAAUGAGAAUUUGUACGAUUAUUUCAUGAGUAGAGUGCGUCAGAACCUGCAUGUAGUUCUCUGCUUUUCACCAGUGGGUGAAAAAUUCCGAAACCGAGCUUUGAAGUUUCCUGCCCUUAUUUCUGGUUGCACUAUAGACUGGUUCAGCCGCUGGCCCAAAGAUGCUCUGGUUGCAGUCUCUCAACAUUUCUUGUCCUCCUAUGAAGUGGAUUGCACUACUGAGAUAAAAAACGAAAUGGUGCAGUGCAUGGGUUCCUUCCAGGAUGGAGUGGCUGAGAAAUGUGUUGAAUAUUUCCAGAGAUACCGCCGGUCCACUCACGUGACUCCCAAGUCUUACCUGUCCUUUAUUCAGGGAUAUAAAGCUAUAUACAAAGAAAAACACGCUGAGGUGCAGACUUUGGCCAACAGAAUGAAUACUGGAUUGGAGAAGCUGAAAGAGGCCUCUGAAUCAGUAGCAGCUUUGAGCAAAGAGCUGGAAGCCAAGGAAAAAGAGCUCCAGGUGGCCAAUGAAAAAGCUGACAUGGUGUUAAAAGAAGUCACAGUGAAAGCGCAGGCUGCUGAAAAGGUGAAGGCUGAAGUACAGAAGGUGAAAGAUAAAGCCCAGGCUAUUGUAGACAAAAUCUCAGUGGACAAAGCAAUUGCAGAAGAAAAGCUAAGAGCUGCCAAACCCGCUUUAGAAGAGGCUGAGGCUGCUUUGCAGACUAUCAAGCCUGCGGACAUCGCCACUGUUCGCACAUUAGGUCGACCACCUCACCUUAUCAUGCGUAUCAUGGACUGCGUGCUGUUGCUGUUCCAGAGAAGGGUAAACACUGUCAAAAUAGACCUGGAGAAAAACUGCACCGUGCCAUCAUGGCAGGCGUCCUUGAUGCUGAUGACCGCAGGAAACUUCUUACAGAACCUGCAGCAAUUUCCAAAAGAUACAAUUAAUGAAGAAGUGGUGGAGCUCUUGAGCCCUUACUUUGAAAUGGGAGACUACAAUAUUGAGACAGCUAAGAGGGUUUGCGGUAAUGUGGCUGGCCUUUGCUCAUGGACCAAGGCCAUGGUUGCCUUCUUUUCUAUCAACAAGGAAGUUCUACCUUUAAAGGCUAACUUGGCAGUCCAGGAGAACCGGCUGACUACGGCCAUGUUAGAUCUCCAGACAGCCCAAGCUGAGUUGGAUGCCAAACAAGCUGAGCUGGAUAUUGUGCAGGCUGAGUAUGAGAAGGCCAUGAGGGAGAAACAGACGUUGCUUGAGGAUGCAGAACGCUGCAGGCAUAAAAUGCAAACAGCCUCCAGCCUUAUUAGUGGGCUGGCUGGCGAGAAGGAGAGGUGGACUGAACAAAGUAAAGAGUUUGCUGCACAAACAAAGAGGCUUGUGGGGGAUGUGCUGCUGGCCACAGCCUUUCUGUCUUAUUCUGGUCCUUUUAACCAAGAGUUCCGCAAUCUCUUGUUAACUGGUUGGCAAAAAGAAAUGAAAACCCGGAAAAUCCCAUUUGGAACCAAUUUAAAUCUCACCGAGAUGUUGAUUGACGCUCCAACUGUCGGUGAAUGGAACCUUCAAGGGCUGCCGAAUGAUGAUCUAUCCAUACAGAAUGGCAUCAUUGUCACAAAAGCAGCUCGUUACCCUUUGCUGAUUGACCCACAGACUCAGGGCAAGAUCUGGAUUAAAAACAAGGAAACCAGGAAUGAGCUGCAGAUCACCUCUCUAAAUCACAAAUAUUUUAGAAACCACUUGGAGGACAGCCUUUCCCUUGGAAGGCCGCUGUUAAUCGAAGAUGUGGGCGAAGAGCUGGAUCCAGCUUUGGAUAAUGUACUGGAAAGAAACUUCAUCAAAACAGGUUCUACAUACAAGGUUAAAGUUGGGGAUAAAGAAGUUGAUGUAAUGAAUGGCUUCAGACUGUACAUUACCACCAAGCUUCCAAAUCCAGCAUAUACACCAGAGAUUAGUGCUCGCACCUCUAUCAUUGAUUUUACUGUCACUAUGAAAGGUCUGGAAGAUCAGCUUCUGGGGAGGGUCAUUCUAACAGAAAAGCAGGAGUUAGAGAAAGAGCGAACUGAUCUUAUGGAAGAUGUGACUGCUAACAAGAGGAAGAUGAAAGAACUGGAAGAUAACUUGCUGUAUCGACUGACAAGCACACAAGGCUCUCUGGUGGAAGAUGAGAGUCUCAUCAUUGUACUUAGCAACACAAAGAAGACAGCAGAAGAGGUGACACAGAAGUUGCAAAUUUCUGCUGAAACUGAAAUACAGAUUAAUUCAGCCAGGGAAGAAUACAGACCAGUUGCAACAAGAGGCAGCAUUCUCUAUUUCCUGAUAACCGAGAUGAGUAUGGUCAACGUCAUGUAUCAAACUUCACUUCGACAGUUCUUGGGCCUGUUUGAUCUUUCGCUUGCCAGGUCUGUCAAGAGCCCUAUUACAAGCAAGAGAAUAGCAAAUAUCAUUGAGCAUAUGACUUAUGAAGUGUACAAGUACGCGGCUAGAGGGCUGUAUGAAGAGCACAAAUUCCUGUUCACGCUGCUGCUUACCUUGAAGAUUGACUUGCAGCGGGGCAGAGUCAAGCACGAGGAGUUCCUAACCCUGAUUAAAGGUGGUGCUUCUUUGGAUCUGAAAGCUUGUCCCCCUAAGCCAGCCAAAUGGAUCCUGGAUAUGACUUGGCUAAACUUGGUGGAGCUCAGUAAACUGAGACAAUUCUCUGAUGUUCUUGACCAAAUUUCACGAACAGAAAAACAGUGGAAAAUUUGGUUUGAUAAGGAGAAACCUGAGGAAGAACUUGUUCCCAGUGGCUAUGAUGAAGCUCUGGACUGCUUCAGACGUCUCCUCCUCAUAAGGUCUUGGUGUCCUGAUAGAACUAUAGCUCAGGCUCGGAAGUACAUCACGGAUACCAUGGGGGAAAAAUAUGCAGAAGGGGUCAUCCUAGAUUUGGAGAAGAUUUGGGAGGAAUCUGAUCCACGCACACCUCUCACCUGCUUCCUUUCCAUGGGCUCUGAUCCUACUGAUUCCAUCAUUGCUUUGGGGAAAAGAUUGAAGAUUGAGACACGUUACGUCUCCAUGGGCCAAGGGCAAGAGGUCCACGCACGCAAACUUCUGCAGCAAACUAUGGCACACGGUGGAUGGGCACUUUUGCAGAACUGCCACCUAGGGCUUGACUUUAUGGAUGAGUUGAUGGACACCAUUGUGGAAACAGAGAUUGUUCAUGAGGCUUUCCGCUUGUGGAUGACGACAGAAGUCCACAAGCACUUUCCCAUAACACUUUUACAGAUGUCUGUUAAAUUCACCAAUGAGCCUCCUCAAGGACUCAAAGCUGGCUUAAAGAGGACGUAUGGAGGUGUGAGUCAGGAUCUCUUGGAUAUCAGCAACAUGGUACAGUGGAAGCCAAUGCUGUAUGCUGUCGCUUUCCUACACUCCACAGUCCAGGAAAGGAGAAAAUUUGGACCUCUGGGAUGGAACAUUCCUUAUGAAUUCAAUCAAGCUGAUUUCAAUGCCACAGUACAGUUUGUUCAGAACCAUUUGGAUGACAUGGACAUCAAAAAGGGUGUUUCAUGGAAUACUGUUCGUUACAUGAUCGGGGAGAUUCAGUAUGGCGGAAGAGUUACGGAUGACUAUGACAAGAGGCUGCUUAACACAUUUGCGAAAGUGUGGUUCAGUGAAAACAUGUUCAGCCAGGACUUCUCCUUCUACAAAGGCUACAGCAUACCCAAGUGCACUGCAGUGGAUCAGUAUCUUCACUACAUACAGGGGUUGCCUGCUUAUGAUACUCCAGAAGUGUUUGGCCUGCAUCCCAAUGCAGACAUUACUUACCAGAGCAAACUUGCAAAAGAUGUGCUGGACACCAUCCUCAGCAUUCAGCCUAAAGACAGCUCCAGUGGAGGAGGGGAAACCAGAGAAACUGUGGUUGGCAGGCUGGCCGAUGACAUGCUGGAGAAGCUUCCUGCGGACUAUGUUCCAUUUGAAGUAAAGGAAAGGCUUCAGCAAAUGGGACCAUUUCAGCCUAUGAACAUCUUCCUGCGGCAGGAGAUUGAUAGAAUGCAGAGGAUUAUUGCUCUGGUGCGAAACACUCUGACAGAUCUAAAACUUGCCAUUGAUGGAACCAUCAUAAUGAGUGAGAACCUCAGAGAUGCUUUGGAUUGUAUGUACGAUGCAAGGAUUCCUGAACGCUGGAGAAAGGCAUCUUGGGCUUCAAGCACUCUUGGAUUCUGGUUUACUGAACUUCUUGAAAGGAACCGGCAAUUUCACUGUUGGAUUUUUGAAGGGCGACCCAACUGUUUUUGGAUGACCGGGUUCUUCAAUCCUCAAGGAUUUUUAACUGCAAUGAGACAGGAAAUUACUCGAGCGAACAAGGGAUGGGCGCUUGACAGCGUAGUUCUGUGUAACGAGGUCACCAAGUGGAUGAAGGAUGACAUCACAAACCCUCCUUCUGAAGGCGUUUAUGUAUAUGGCCUCUACCUAGAAGGAGCUGGGUGGGACAAAAGGAACAUGAAGCUCAUAGAAUCGAAACCGAAGGUGCUAUUCGAACCAAUGCCUGUGAUAAGGAUAUAUGCAGAAAACAACUCCUUAAGGGAUCCACGUCUGUACUCAUGUCCAAUCUACAAAAAACCAGUUCGGACAGAUCUGAAUUAUAUUGCUGCAGUGGACCUGAGGACCACCCAACCUCCGGAACAUUGGAUAUUGCGUGGAGUUGCUCUACUGUGUGAUGUCAAGUAA